AUGGAUUUUCAGCAAAAACAUGCCAUAGUUGAUGAUUUGGAUCGGUUUUUGAGAAGAAAAAAGAUGUAUAAGAAAGAUGGUAAGCCUUGGAAACGUGGCUACCUCUUGUAUGGGCCUCAAGGGACAGGAAAAUAUAGCCUUGUUGUAGCUAUGGCUAACUAUUUGAAGUUUGAUGUGUAUGAUUUGGAGCUAGGUUCUUUGUGUUCUAACUCAGACCUCAUGUGUGCCUUGAGGGACAUGUCUAACCAUUCCAUUGUUGUGAUUGAAGACAUAGAUUGCUACAAAGAGGUUAACACAAAGAGGUUUACUCUGUCGGGUCUACUUAACAACAUGGAUGACUUGUGGUCAAGUGGUGGAUACAAGCAAAUUAUAAUCUUCACUAGCAACCAUAGAGAAAGAAUUGACCCUGCAUUGCUAUGCCUUGGUCGUAAGGACAUGCACAUUCACUUGUCCUUCCUCAAAGGCAAUGCAUUUCGAAUCCUUGCUUCCAAUUAUUUAGGAAUUGAAGGACAUCAUCCACUUUUUGAACAAAUCAAAGGGCUAUUGGAGAAAGUAGAAGUCACACCUGCAGUAGUGGCAGAGCAACUAAUGAGCAAUGAAGAUCCUGAUGUUGCUUUGGAAGCACUUGUUAAAUUUCUCAAAGAAAUGGACAAGGAAAAAGCCUGCAUUUAG